UUUAAAAAUAUCACGUCUUUUAAUUGAUCUUUUUUUUCUUUUCUGUUUCUUAAUGUAUAAUAUAUAUUUCUAAAACAAUAAUUGUGCAAGUGUCACUUACUACUCUUUUACUGCAUUUUUAAUGACACGCGAUCGCGAACGCGUGUUCGUGAUGCGCGUCAUUAAGUGAUAUCUAAAUCAUAAUCACGAUCAUCUGUGGGAAAGUCACAGCAAUCCACGAUACAGCGGAUGCACCGCAAGCACAAAUUGCAAAUUUCACAGUUACUGAUCUGAGGCAGCGCGAUUUCUCUUAGGAGGAAUUGUCACGAUUUUAUUUUCGUGUUUCUAAUUCAGCAGUCUUUCUAGUAUUCAAACGCUGAUAUAUUAACAGAAGACUUUCCCUUAGAAUGAUAGACACAUUUUUUAUUACGUUUCAUACAUUCUUAAAACAUGUGACUACUUUUAAAAAAAAUUGUAUGACUUGUUCCUUAUCGCUAUAAAAGUAAGAAUAAAAAAAGCUAUUGUACAAUUUUCAGGAUAAAAAAAGAAAAAUGUUACUGCGUCCUUAUUCAAUAUAUUGUGCAAUAUAUAAUAUGUUGUUAUUCAAUAUGUUAUAAUAAUAUAUAAUAGAUAAUAUUCUAAUGAAGAAAUUUUUACAGCAUUAUACUUUCUUCCAUCAAUAUAAAUUGAUUUAUAUGCACAUUGGGUCGAGAAAGAUGAGCUAAUGCAAUUUUGUGGUGGUGCAGAUCAAGGCUCUUACGAAAUAUAUUCUCAAAAGUAAUCAGUAAAGUGGAAUAAUCAAUGGACCAUUAAAUAUACGUAUAACAAAUUAUUCAAAUUAAUAUAAUAAGCGUCAUAUUCUGAUGCUAACAACAAUGCAUAACAGUUUUAGAAAGUAUAAGUUAUUUCCGAUAGAUCCAGGAAGAUCCAUAAUAUCCUUUUGUGACUCUCGCCUAUGAUUCACUUUAUGAUUGACUAUUCGCCCAACGAAAGUACAUUACGAAAGUACAUAAAAUUAGCGCUUUAUGCUUGAGCACAUCCCAUGACAACGACUCGGGAAAGAUUUCCGCAUAAAGAACACUGCAUUAUGUCGCGCUAUUGUGUCAUACUCUUGCACUCGCUGUGCAUAGACAAUUGUACACUUUACAGCGCAAAGCUUGCAUACGAAUCUUUGCGCAACUUCUGUGCAUGCACGAGUGUCGCAAGAUGAAGGAUCUUUUGGGCAAACGUGUAGGUUUAGCUUUCUAAACAAAAUCGAUAUGUCGUGCAUACUUAAACAAAAAAUAUAUAUGUGCAUAGACGCUUUCUAUAAAUUACUACUAAAGAAAAUAAAAUAUAACAAUACAUUUUUAAUGUUCCAUCUAAUAUGUAAUAUUUAUCAUUUUUGAAUUAAAUUGAUUUACAUUGUUAUAUUUAAACUGCAGUAAACAAGUGUAAAUCGUACAUAGUUGCAACAUGUAAUGUCCGAAAAAGAGAUUUUCUGUCCGACAUCUUAUUCAAUAAAUUGUACAGCCGUCCGUGCAAUAAUACCGUAAGUAUUACAACAAUUAUACACCUCUGAUUGUGUAACGAGAGGCCAUUUAAAUUUUUACAUUAAAUUUACAUAUUUUAUUCUGGGCAUUUUUGUUGCAUAGGUCACGGUAUGGCCACGUUAAGACAAUACGUGAGGGAACUAUUACGGCUUGUCGUCAAGAUUAACGCGAAAAGCAAUAGAACGCUGAACGUCCUAGCUGUGGACGUUGAUGAGCGUGGUGCUCUGGUGCAGCAGCGUCCGUACUCGGAGAUUCCAGGCCCAAAGCCGAUCCCGUUGCUGGGUAACACCUGGCGAUUUCUGCCUUAUUUAGGGAAUUACGACAUAAAGGCGAUAGACAAAGUGUCAAAGACAUUGCACGCUCAAUACGGUGACAUUGUGAAGAUAGAAGGGCUCUUAGGCAGGCCUGACAUGGUGUUCAUUUACGAUGCUAAUGAGAUCGAACGGAUGUUCAGGCGGGAAGAGAAAAUGCCUUACAGACCAUCUAUGCCAUCACUCGACUAUUACAAACAUGUACAUCGAAAGGACUUUUUUCAAGAUAAUCUUGGCGUCAUCGCUGUCCACGGCGAGAGUUGGUACAAUUUCCGGAGCAAGGUGCAGCAAGUGAUGCUGCAGCCGCGGAUCGCGAGAAUGUACGUUGGCGCGAUCGAGGAGGCAAGCACGGCGCUCCUUCGCAGGAUAUCGAAGAUUCGGGAUGAGAAGUACGAAGUGCCCGAGGACUUUCUCAACGAAAUGCACAAGUGGUCCUUGGAAUCUAUUGCCCGAGUUGCGCUGGACGUGCGUUUGGGUUGCUUGGAUGGUGAUGCGAACGCGGACACGCAGAGGCUCAUAGAUGCGUUAAUCACGUUUUUCAAGCUCGUGCCCGUGCUCGAACUGAAGAUACCGUUCUGGAAGUUGUUUAGUACACCCACGUGGCGAAAAUAUGUAAAUGCUUUGGAUACCAUCGUGAGCACCAUAUCGAAGUACACGGCUGCCGGUCUAUCGAGAACCGAGAGCAACGUAGAGUCGGACAAAGAACUAUCCCUUUUAGAAAGAGUGCUUGCCCGCGAGGGCGACACGAAAGUAGCAUCUAUUCUUGCCCUGGACUUGUUCCUGGUUGGCGUUGACACUACCUCAACCUCCGUGGCCUCAGUGCUUUAUCAGUUAGCGCGGCAUCCGGAGAAGCAGGCGCGAGCGUACAAAGAGAUCUGCGACGUCCUGCCGCAAAGGGACAUGCCCCUCGAAGCGACAAACAUCGACAAUUUAAAAUAUCUGAAAGCAUGCAUCAAGGAAACUUUAAGAAUGUACCCAACUGUCAUAAGCAACGGACGAACCACAACUUCGGAUACCGCAAUUAGCGGCUACCACGUACCAAAGGGGGUACAAGUAGUGUUUCAACACUACGUCACCAGCAAUUUGGAGAAGUACUUCCCGCGAAGUCGCGAGUUCCUUCCGGAACGAUGGUUGCGUGAGGACGACACUCGUCAUGGUUUUGCGUCGCUUCCUUUUGGUUACGGCAGACGAAUGUGCCUGGGCCGACGAUUCGCCGAGCUCGAGAUGAUUAUUGUCAUUAGUAAGAUCCUGCAAUUUUACAGGAUAGAAUAUCACUACGAAGAAUUGGAUUACUAUAUCAAUCCGAUGUACACGCCGAAGGGACCAUUAAAGUUAAGAUUCAUUGACAGAUAUAAUGAUUCGUAUGGAAGCUAGCAUGUAGUCGAAAAAAUAUUGUUUGUAUUUAUAAUAUUCUUUGAUACAUGCAACAUCUCACGUGACGUUAGCGUUUAAGUCGUAGAACGCAUUCAAUGUUACAAUUAGAUAGCAUCGUAUAAACGAGUUAGUAUAAUUUGAUAAUUUACGAUAUUUUUAAUAACAUAUUAUAUUUUUAAUAAUAUGAAUUUCAAAAG